AUGUAUAAGCUAAUGAUAUGUAUUCUGUAUAGCGGCGUCUAUUACGCGAGUAAAAUGGGUGUCCUUACGGGACCAUCACUUUUAAGACACAGCAGCUGCUGGCCAUCGGCGUCCACCUCCGCGUCCACGCCAUCCACGGAGCACAUGAACCCACUGUCCAGCGAUGGGUUGUCCGACAGUUCACUACUCGUGUCGCACAUAUCGACGCGAAAGAUGAGCUUUUCAGGCGAAAGUCUGUCACAAAACUACUGCAAAAACUUUUAGUGAAUAUAUAGUCUUGUUAUUAGUUAUUAGUUAUUAUUAUUAUUAUAUGUCUUAUUGCCGAUGACUGCGGUGACCGUUAUGGGCGUUAGUAGUGGUAGUGGUAGUGGUGUGUCUUGAGUGGCAAAUAACGGCUUAAUUUAGAUGACUAUUAAGAGAUAGAGUAGUGUUUGAAGCGAUGGCACGACUAAUACAACUCAACACAACUACUGAACACUGGGACACAACUCACGACUGACUACACAUGAAAUACAGACAACACUUU